GUUAAAAUGCUUACCGAAUAUAAACGCAAAGGUAGUGUUUGUCGAGGGGAAUGGUCAGAACAAGAUUUACAACAGGCUAUAGAGGCUGUACAAGAAGGUAGAGUAGGUGUUCGAGAAGCCGUUCGUUCCUUUGGUGUGCCAUACACAACACUUCGACGACGCUUGAGAAGUUGCAAUCAUAGAAAGCUUCCGUUGGGACCAUUAUCUACUUUAGGACAAGAAAACGAAGUUAAAUUGGUCAAUCAUAUUAAAAAACAUCAAAAGUUUGGAUUUUCGCCAUCACGAACAACUGUAGGUACGUUCUAUGGCAUUUGAAUUAGCCCAGAAAUUAAAUCUCCCACAUAAAUUCAAUAUUGAAAGACGUAUGGCAGGAUAUCCAUGGCUCGAGUCAUUUUUAAGGCGCAAUAAGGAUCUAGCAGUGAGAAAAUCCGAAGCAAGAAUCUACAAUGUAGAUAAGACAGGUCUACAAAUGAACAACAAACCAGGCUUUGUUAUUGCUCAGAGAGGUUCAAAAAACGUAUCGGCAGUGACAUCAGCAGAAAAAGGCGAAACAAUCUCCGUAAUAACAUCUUGCAAUGCGGAGGGGUCAUUUAUACCACCAACGUGCAUCUUUAAGGGUAAGAAUCAGAAACCAGAGUUUGCCGAUGGUAUGCCACCAGGCUCCUUAGUAUUCAUGUCUGAGAAAUCAGCUUAUGUCAAUAAUGUUUUAUUUUUGAGGUGGCUUAAAGAACAGUUUGUCCCAAGGAAACCUCCAGGAUAUGUUAUGUUAAUCCUCGAUGGACACUCAUCGCAUUGCAGCAGCGUAGAGACACUAGAAUAUGCUUCUGAAAAUGAAAUAAUUUUUGUGUGUCUACCUAGUCAUACAACUCAAUUUCUUCAGCCUCUAGACAGAGGAGUUUUUAAGUCACUAAAGGCGUUGUAUUAUGAAGAAUGUAAUGCUUUCAUUAGAAGAAAUCCCAAUCGACGCAUUAACAGAUUGAUUUUUGGACAAUUACCCGCUGCAGCUUGGGAGAAAUCAGCAACUGUUAAAAAUGCGGUUUCAUCUUUCAGAGAUACAGGAAUUGUGCCUUUCAAUCCGUCUGCGAUUCCAGAUUACGCUUAUCUUACUGACAAACCUCAGGGAGCUUCACCUAAUGAACCUGAAUCUCAAGUUUUACCGAAUGGUGAAAUAUCUGUUGACAAUAGAAAUGAAUCUGCUCAGGAUUCAUCUAUUAUUGAAAUAUUGGAAUCGGUAGUGAAUGAUUCAGCUGGACCAUCUGAUAUGAAGACACCUGAGAAAGAAAUAGAUACCCCUGGAAAAAUACUGGACAAAAUUAACCCGAUUCCUAUCACUGAAGCAGUCUCUUCUGCGAGGAAGAGAGGUGGACAGUUGGCUUCUGCCUUGACUAGCAGCGAUAAUAUUAGAAAUAAGAAAAAGAAACUAGAAGAAAAAUUACAAGCUGAGGCGAAGAAACGGAAAAAGAAAGAAAACAAGAAAUGCAUUAAACCAGGCCCUAGCCGCGUUCAAAGUAAGUCUAAAAAACGGAAGCAAUCUACAUCUUCUUCUUCUGAAGAAGAAAUAAUAUAUGAUGAUUCCUCGGAAUACGAAGAUGAAACAAGUAAAUGCGGUGGAAGCGGAGAUUUUUAUUCCACCACCACAAAAAUGGAUGACUGGAUUCAGUGUGUGACGUGUUGCAGAUGGGUACAUGAAGGGUGCCCCAGAUUUGACAAUUUUUGUGAUGCAUGUGGAAAGUCGCAGCAAUAA